CACUCUCGCCGCUUCAGCUUCUCUUCUUCUUCUUCUUCUUGUCUUCUUUCAUUUUCUUCUUCAUCUUUCUCUCUCUGUCAUCUGCGCCACCCCUCUCUCUCCUCUGUGCUGCCAUUCUCUCUUCUCUGCGCUCUCUUCCUCUCUCUCGACUGCGGCUAAUGCUGCUACAUGAAGUCUUGAAGAACAUCUGCGGCUCUGCUUGAGGAAACAUCAAGAAAGCAACAAAUAUUUAUUGGUUUUAACCCUAGGUUCAAACCCGCAUCAUCCGACCCGCCCCGCCCUGCAAAACCCAAACCCGGCGAAUAUUGUUAUACGCUGUAGCUGGAUUGCGGGUCUCAUUUAAUACCCGCAACCUGCAGGGGUACCAGGAAUACCCAAUACUCGACCGAUCCGACCCGUUCCCACCCCUAAUUCUAACGACACAAAUUCCAAUUACCUCGCUGAAUCGAUUCUGAAAAAAGGAAAAAAAAAAAAAAAACACAAAGACAGAAAAGGGAGAGAUGGUGUACGGGCAGGUGGUGAUUGGUCCGCCGGGCUCCGGCAAGACCACUUACUGCAACGGCAUGUCUCAGUUCCUCCAACUUAUCGGAAGGAAGGUUGCGAUUAUCAAUUUGGAUCCUGCUAAUGACGCAUUGCCCUAUGAAUGUGCUGUGAACAUUGAGGAGCUUAUAAAACUAAGUGAUGUAAUGGCGGAGCAUUCUCUUGGUCCAAAUGGAGGCCUUGUGUAUUGUAUGGAUUAUCUGGAGAAAAAUAUUGAUUGGUUGCAAUCGAAAUUGGAACCUCUUGUGCGAGAUCACUAUCUUCUCUUUGAUUUUCCCGGCCAGGUGGAACUAUUUUUCCUUCACGCCAAUGCCAGGACAGUUAUCAUGGAACUCAAAAAGAAGUUGAACCUGAGGUUGACUGCAGUGCAUUUAGUUGACGCCCAUCUUUGCAGUGACCCUGGGAAGUAUGUUAGUGCAUUGCUUCUCUCUUUGUCAACCAUGCUACAUCUAGAACUCCCACACGUUAAUGUCUUAUCCAAGAUUGAUUUAAUUGAGAGCUACGGAAAGCUAGCUUUCAAUCUUGACUUUUAUACCGAUGUGCAAGAUUUGUCUUAUUUACAGCACCAUAUUGGUCAGGAUCCUCGCUCUGCCAAGUACAGAAAACUCACUAAGGAGCUAUGUGAUGUUAUAGAAGACUACAAUCUCGUUACUUUUACAGCCUUAGAUAUUCAGGAUAGAGAGAGUGUUGGGAAUCUAGUGAAGCUGAUAGACAAGACCAACGGGUACAUUUUUGCAGAAAUCGAAGCAAGCGCGGUUGAAUUUAGCAAGAUUGCAGUUGGUCCUCUUGACUGGGAUUAUUACAGAGUUGCUGCAGUGCAAGAGAAGUACAUGAAAGACGACGAAAAUUCUGAUUAACAAUGAUCGAUGGAAAAGCUCUGUUUUGAAAGCUCUCGACUGUUUUUCACUACUGGUGUUAACACAGGUUCUUAGCGACCAAUUUUGUAAUGUUGGGUAAGUACCUUAUGGGUGGCAGAAACCAGCUUCUUGUCCCUCCCUCGUCAUGCCCUUUUCUUAAAAGGGUUGUGUAUAGGGAGCUAAACCAACUCUUAUGUGACUCUCUUUUUGUAACAUAAUUUAAAAGGGUUGAGCAGAUGCAUAAAUUUGGGAAAAUGUCGAAUGAGAUUGAAAAACGCUUAUGCUUU